ACAGAGACAUCCCCUCUCUUAUCUCCUGGUCUAAACAAACAGUCAAACAAGAAAUAUAGAAUGACAAAAUCAAAAUUUUCACAGGAUCCUAUUAUAUUGCGGAGUAUCAGUGACGGCUGGCCUCCUCACCAGUCACCUCACACCUCCUCCAUCCCCUCCUCCUCCUCUCCUCUCUUCACCAAUCACAGACUAGACGUCAGCCUCAAUGGAUAUACUCCUCAACCAGACUCCGCCCUAGUCCCGCCCACCCCCGAACAACAGUAUCACUUUCAACAGGCCCAGAACUAUUAUACAGGCAGUCAUGCCGCCCACGUACCUAACGAACUUUACCCUGGUACUCCUUACAGGACUAGUUCUACGACCGGUUACCAUAGUACCCGUCCCUCUUUGACUUCCCCCUUGAGGGACUCUCCUCAGGCUAUCGUGUACCAGCCCAACCCACUGCCUUUGUCCCCUCGUACGAUGCUCCACCCAUGUUCCCCUACUCCCAUGUCACUGGACGAGGGUAACAGUCCAAUGGGUCUCUCCCAAGAGCUUUCCUCCCUCCUCUCCCUCCCCCUUAAUGUCAGUGAGUCUUCCUCUGACUAUCUUGAUACUUAUAUCGACGAGACUUCAAACCACACCCACUUAUUAGACCUACCGCUAUCUCAAUCAAAUUUCACUGAUUCGUCCCCGGCCAGUCUGAGUUUGGGCGGAGACUUGACUCCCAUAUUAGGUAAACGACCCAUGGAGCAACUCGACCUUCAUGUAAAGAUACCACGUGUAACGCCCUCCCUUAACGCCCCGCCCAGCAAAGAAGAAGACAACACGAGACCAUCAUCACUUCCGCUGCAUCAGACUGAAUCCCAUUCCAUCCAGACUCAUUCCCGUUCCAGUAAGAAAAAGACUGGUUCCCAUUCCGCCAACACUAGAUCCGGAAAUACUUCGGACACGUCAAGUGGUAUAUCCUCAUCGAGUACCAAAUAUUCCAAUAACUCGAAUCACUCCUCCCCCUCUUCAUCACCUUGUCUAGUGUCCUCUCCUUUCUCCUAUCCUUCUCCUCUCCCCCUCCCUCCUCCUCCUCCUAGCGAGACUGAUGUCCCUUAUAUUGACCCGGUACUGGAGCCUCAUUCUGGUUUAGGAUCAAGAGACGAGUACAUGAAGGAUGAUCCUCUUCUUCCUCCUUCUCCUCCUCAGUCACCCUCAGUUGAUCUCCAUCCUCAGAUACCAAUAUACACUGUGAACUCUUACGAUGAGUUGGACCUACACACUUUCUGUACUUCACCCGAAGUGCCUAUAUGCAUUAUUAGGGGCUUACCCGAAGCAACUGACUUUGAUCUAUCAUUAUAUUCAACUGAUACUUUAAUGAGAUAUCAUGGUGAACAUGAUGUUGAAGUUCGUGAACAGAUAUUACAAGCUGUUGACAAGAAUUACGAUCCAUCAGGAAAGAAACAAGUCUGGAAAUGUGAAAGUAGCAGGUCUUCUACUACAGUGAAGGAGUAUGGUGAGUAUCAGAAAGAUAUUUUGGAGAAUCAUCCAAGUCCUAAGUAUGACUUCCUUCCUCGUAAAAUGCUCAAGUUUGGAACCAACUGUGACUUAUCCGACUGUGAAAAAUGGGGUCAGCAGUUAGACGAAAUAAAGAAGCUGCCAAAGUUUAUGCAGGUUAACUGUCCACAGGCUAAUCUUCUCAAUCAUGUUGGUCACACUGUCCUUGGAAUGAACACUGUCCAAUUGUACAUGAAAGUGCCAGGCUGCAGGACACCAGGGCAUCAAGAGAAUAAUAAUUUCUGUUCUAUUAAUAUCAACAUUGGGCCAGGGAACUGUGAGUGGUUUGCCGUCUCAAACAAAUACUGGGGCGUGGUACAUGAGCUGUGUGAAAAGCACAAGUUGAGUUUCCUUGUUGGUUCAUGGUGGCCAAUACUGGAGGAGUUAGAGAAGUACCAGGUCCCAGUCUACCAGUUCACUCAGUAUAAAGGAGAAGUGGUGUGGAUCAAUCCUGGGACUGUACACUGGGUACAAGCUAAUUCUUGUUGUAACAACAUAGCAUGGAAUGUUGGUCCUAUCUCAGCUCACCAGUUGAGAAUGUCUUGGGAGAGAUAUCAGUGGAAUAAGAUACAAAAGGUCCGGUCCAUUGUCCCCAUGAUGUCUCUUACUUGGAAUUUAGCAAGAAGACUAAAGGUGACUGAUCCAAACAUGGUCCAACAGAUUAGUACGUUACUUCAGAGUUCAUACAAGCAAUGUGAACAGCUCAUCAGUUUAAUGAAAUCACUCGAUAUCCCAAUCCUGUGGCAUGGACACUUGGCAGGGGAACCCACCCCAACCUGUACCACUUGCCUGGAGGAAGUAUUUAAUAUCUUGUUUGUGUCUACCAACAAGAAAGGCGAUCAUCUUGUCUAUUGUCACAAGUGCAUACAACAACUUCAAUCAAAGAACAAGAAGCAUACUUUUAGUGUGUUACAACAAUACACACUCACGGACCUUAAGGAGGUUUUAAAUGAAUUUAUGCAGCUAGUACCGUCUUAGGUAUUAUUAUAAAUAAAAACAGGAAUGGCAGUAGUAGAGAUUUAUUAUUAUUUAUUUUAUUAUUAUUAAUUUGAUGCUGUAGUAUUAUUUUAUCAUUGCUCACACAAAGAGGCCACCGUAUUAUUAUUAUAUGAACAAUAUAAUAAACAGAAUUAUUAUUAUUAUUAUGUUUUUUCCUCCUGAACCUGUUAUAUAGUCUUAAUGGACUACCCACUCCUCUCUCACCCUAUCCUUUUCUGUCUAUUUUUCCUUCUUUUGUUUAAUAUUAUAACUGUAGAUCUAAUUCAGAUAUUAAUCAUCUGCUGCCUAAGAUCCAUUCCUCCUA